ACUUAAUUUAUCCAUGCAAAAUGUAUUUAUUAUUUAAAAUAGUAUAGGUUUGUCCUACAGGCAGCGUACAACACAUCAAGAGAAGCUGUAUGCUAAGAAAUGCAAUUAGAGAAACAGGACUCAACGUUCUGUAAUUUGUGAUCUGCUUUUAGUUUAUAAUUUUCCGAGAGGUGUUUUUGAUUAAAUUAUAUAACAGUUUUGAGUGCGAAAAACAAUAGGAAGCGAGUAAAACCGGGAGGGCAGGACACGAGGAAAGACUGAGAUUCAGCCACAGAACGGACUUUGAAGAUGCUCUUCUUGAACACGCUCGUUACACCCGGAAAUAAGCAGAAUUUCCCAAAGAUGGCGGAGCAAGGGCCAAUGGCGAUAGCUAUGCGGCUAAGAAAUCAACUCCAAUCCGUAUAUAAGCUCGACCCGUUACGAAAUGAGCAGGAGGAAGUGAAGUUGAAGAUCAAAGACCUGAACGAGCACAUAGUGUGCUAUCUCUGUGCUGGGUACUUCAUCGAUGCCACAACUAUUACCGAGUGUCUGCAUACAUUCUGUAAAAGUUGUAUCGUGAAAUACCUCCAAACCAGCAAGUAUUGUCCAAUGUGCAACAUAAAGAUCCAUGAAACCCAGCCUUUAUUGAACCUGAAAUUGGAUAGAGUGAUGCAAGACAUUGUCUACAAACUGGUUCCAGGACUUCAAGAAAGUGAGGACAAGAGAAUAAAGGAAUUCUAUCAGUCGCGUGGGCUUGAGAGAGUUGUCCAACCCUCUGGGGAAGACUCCAUACCAGAUACAGGAUUACCUUUUACCAGCUUUGACCAUUCCAAGGCCCACUUCUACAGAUACGACGAGCAGGUCUCGCUUUGUCUAGAGAGGCAAAGUUCAUCUCUGUCUGAAAAAAAAGAUAAGACCAAACUGACUCUUCAGCAGAAGUUUGUGCGCUGCUCGGUCCGAGCCGAGGUGAGACACCUGCGUAAAGUGCUGUGUCAUCGACUGAAUGUGGAGAAGCACCAGGUCCAGAUGUUGUUCAAUAAUGAGUCCCUUCCAGAUCACAUGACCAUGAAACGGCUGUGGAUCUCUCACUGGUUUGGCAAGGCUCAACCAUUGGUCCUUCACUACACUAUUAAGGACAAAAGGACAAGAUAGAACUUUUCUUGCCUGGCUACCCAUCCACAUCACUCUGGCCAACUGACGUUUCUUCUCCACCAUGAGUCUGGGUUUGCUCCCCCCCGACGAUUUCUACAAUGCGAACACAUUCUGCCCGUUCUGAUUAGUCCCAGAAACCGAUGGGUUGGGCCAGAGCCGGCCUACAUGAUGUCAUCGACUUUGAUACUAUGAUUUGUUAGACGAUCCAAUCGCUGAUUAAUUUGUAUUGUACGAAGGCCUUCAUUUUAAAGUCACAAAAACGACUUCUAGGAUGGCAGUUUCAGACGUAUGUAGCCAUCGAUAGACUGGUUGGUUGUUUAGCAACAAAACCGACAUGUGUGCAACUAUGGGGCAAAACAGACGAGGUUGUUGACUUAGA